AUGGCAGAUGUCGCUAGUAACAUGAGUCUGCUUAACUCCACUUUUACACCGAAUGAAGAGGAUACGGGGAGAAACAGUGCUUGUGGAGCUGAUCCGGUUGUAUUUUUCGCGCUGGGAAUCUUUCUCGGAACAGUCGGUUUGAUUGGCAAUUUGUCCUUCAUGUUUGUGGUUAUACGCGUGAAGUUUAUGCAAACUGUGACCAACCAUUACCUGAUAAAUUUGGCAGCGGCCGACUUGGUUUACCUACUGGUCUUGUGGAUACUCUACGUAUGCCUACUGGUCACCGACAACAGUUGCGUACUGAUGGUUAACCCGAACGUACGAUGCAUGGUUGGAACUCUGGCUGAUAUUGCCGUAUUAACGUCUACGUUCUGUGUUGGCUUCAUCAGCAUCGAAAGGUACGUAGCGAUAACGCACCCGUUCCGGGCACGUCAGAUCUGCACCAAGGGCAAAACCCUUUUCUUUAACAUUUUGAUGUGGAUAAUGUCUGCUGUUAUUAAGAUACCUUCCGCAUUAGUAUGUUACGUGGAGGCACCAGCGUCAGUGUACGUUGCCAUUUACAUCAUCUUCAUAGUUGUAUGCUUGAUCAGUAUAUGUACCGUGGCGAUUCUUUACAGCUUAACAGCAUACCACUUUAAGAAAGCCUCGAAAGCAAUGCGUGAUGUUGUUGCCAAUUCGUCGAGACAGGCUCCAAGCCACGAUAAGCAAGUGGUGCGCAUUUGCGUUUCCACCACUGUUUUGUACUUUAUCUGCCUUUUCCCGAAGGAGUUAGUUUUCAUUCUGCAGCUUAUUCUCCAAUUCGGUGAGAUUGAGCCGCCACCGUGGAGUGUGUGUCUUCAUAACAUCUCUAUACUACCACUGAUGGUACACUCGGCUGCAAAUCCUAUUAUAUACAAUGUGAUGAGCACCAAGUAUAGGCGUGCGUUCAGAAUCGCCUUGUUGUCAUGCAAGGACAAAACCAAGUUAAGGGGGGACAAGACAUUCUAUUCGCGAACGAACAACUACGCCACGGAACGGUCAAGUUGCAAUACUCGCGCUUCUCCGAGAGUCAAUCAAAGGAACGUGAUUUACAACAAGAAAGACAGUCUAUCGGACACACUCCCUAGAACUACAUCGAUAUGA